AUGUCUUGUCCUGUGAUAUUUCUUGAUCCAAGUGGAAAUUCAAUCUUCGUGAUGCAAGUUCAAACAGAUCAACAAACUAAACAAGUGGAUAUGAGUACAAUUACACAUUCUCACGGUUGUAUUCCUCUUGAACGACGACUUGACCUUCUUACACAAGCACCAAUUCAUCAAGAUAUAACUCAAUCAUUUUGUGACAUUUUGGAGGAAGUUGAGACUACAAUACCAUUUCAAAAUAUACAUAAUGGCAUACGUCAUACAAAAGUGGCUAUUUUGGUUAUUGAUGGUUCGAUUGUUCUUGGUGAUGAUUUGGCAACAGUAUCAGAUGAAUUCAAACGACGUGAUAUUAUUUUAAUCGUUGUUGCUGAAGUCACACCUCAUUAUGAUAUUUGGAAUUUUUAUUAUGAAUUAGCUCGUAGUACAGGUGGUGAAUACAUGUUAUUUGAAGAUGUAUCGAGUAUGUGGUCAAGUGUUAUCAAACCAUUGAUUCUUAGAGUAGAUGCAGAUCUUCAAAUGGAUUUAGGAAAUAUGCCAACUAACACAAGUGUUACUGAUGAUCAAAAUGAAAUAACAGAUGGUGUUGGAGAUUUGCCUUUUGAUCAUGCUCUAUAUUAA